ACCCCAUGCCAUUAUCAUAUACAGGUUCUAGAAUGAACAGGUCAGUGCUGUGAGGUGGGUUCCAGGUGUAAAGAGGAGGGACUAUGAGGUGACAUUCUAGAAUGGUGGAAAGGGUAGGACAGGAGGCAGACGACUGUUCCCUCACAAAUGGGGGUUUUGGGGCAGCCAUGUCCUAUUUCAUGUCUCCACAAACUCAUCAAGGUCUUCUGCCUUCCAGCCAAGGUGGGGCUGUUUCUCCAGGCUCAUCCCUUGGCCUCUAUAGUCCUAUAGAGCCAGUGGUGGUGGCCUCUAGUGGACUAGGCCCACUGAGCCAGAAAGCUGAGCAGGUGGCACCUGCUGGCCAGGCCUGGGGCCUGGCCCUGGCGGUGCCGGAAGCCAGGGGCUGCCCUGGGGGGACUAGCUGGGAGACACUGCAGCGGAAGGAGUAUGGCCGAUACAACCACAAAUUCCCCCACGCAAGACAGCCGGAGAGCUUGGGCUGGGAGGAUGGCUGCUCCAGAAGCAGAGCUCCCCACCUGGGUGGCCCCGGCACGCCCGGGCCCCUGCUGCUGUGUGGGCUGUCACCAGGGGUUCUACCGACGUCCUCUGAGGCAGGGGGGAAGGAGGCCGGCUCCCAGCCUGACAUCUGCAUCCUCACCCUGGCCAUGAUGAUCGCUGGCAUCCCCACCGUGCCUGUCCCAGGCCUGCGGGAAGAGGACCUGAUCCGGGCGGCUCAAGCUUUCAUGAUGACGCAUCCGGAGCCAGAGGGAGCCAUGGAGGGGGCGCGGUGGGAGCAGGCACGUGCCCACACAGCCUCUGGGCAAGCGCCCCUAAUGAGAUCCAGGAGAGGCCAGCCUCCUGGCUCCUGCUUGUAGCUGGAUGAAAUAGCACCAGACACAUAGGG